AUGAUUUUCUUCCCCUUCUUCUUCGGUGUCGCUGGAAUCAUUGGUAUCACUGGCACUACUGGAUUCGCUGUCGCCGCUGGAGCUCUGCUUAUCGUAGCUGCCGAGAUCUUUGCCUUCCCUUUCCUCGGACCCGGCCGCUUCGGGCUGGGACAAAGUAACGGCUUCAAUUAUGGUGCAACUACGAACCGUAAAAUUGGCCUUGCUGCCUACCUCGCCAAGAUCAAUGUGAGGGAAUCCGACGAGUGUACGUGUGGCCCCGGUCGGGAGACGAUCGAGUAUGUUCUGAUAGAAUGUGAUCGGUGGGAGGACGAGCGGCAUGACCUGCGGUUCGAUCUCUUCGAAAAGGACAUGUCGAUGUCGCUUGGCUGCGAAGUGCUGCUGAGCCAGGAGCCUAGUUCAUGGUGCGAGCCGGCCUGCUGGGGCAGUUCCGCGGGGGUUGACGAUGCGGCAAUGGGGAUGGAAACCGGCGUUUCAGACGAUUCGGAGGGGGGGGGUGGAGCGCCUCUCCUGCUCACCAUACAUUUUGGCCAGUUCAAACCGUUCGUCGGGCUCGUUCAGAAUCAAGGGGUCACAUCGGACACAGUCCUCAUCAGCCUCGCUGGUUACUCCCUCAUCCAGACCCACUGUGGUCGUCAAUCCGGUCUCCAUUUCUUAAGUGACUUCAUGAUCAUGGGCGGGAUUGCGCAGUCGCAGGCCAUCUUUGGCCUCGGGAUGAAGCAUCAGCUGAUAACAGGCGAGACUGCGUUGUUUUUCGCCAUUGGCGGGUGUCAACCUGUGGUGGAUUCAAAAACACAUCUACAAAAGCUGGAGAGACCGACGAUGACGACAAUCGGGUGGUAA